ACAUAAUAGCCUUACGUCCCCAUCCUCCUCUGUUCGUCCAUCCAAAUCCAAUCUCACUUUUUUCUCUCUCUCUCUCUCUUUUAUGCCUGAGAAGAAGAAGAGGAUUUGAGAGCCGUCGUCUGCACUAACAUCAGCUACUGUUCAUCUUUUAUCCUCCUCCUCAUCAUCAUCAUCAUCCAUCUUGGCGGUUGCCACUUGAUCCAAUCUAGAAAAGGCUUCAUCCGCUCUCUGUUUUUCUCCUCCAUCUGAAAACCACUCAAAUCUUUCACUUUUUUCCCUCCCUUUUUCGGGUUAUUACAUUCAGAAUCUGAAUCUAGGAUUAUUUCAAACCUGGGUUUUAAAAAAAUUUCUUUGGGUUUCUUAUAUUCUUUAUUAAUUUGUUAUUUUGCCAACCAAUUUUGUUUUUUUCAUUUUCAAUACCCCAUACUCUCAAAUCUUUUUAAGUAAUAAUUUUUUUCGAUUUUUAGAAGUGGGUUUGGAUUUUUGGAAGCUUUUUUUGAUUAAUUGAGAGCGGGGAUUUGGUGUCUGUCAAUGGGCGCCUUAGAUGAAGGGCAUUUUAAUGGAGAAUUGAAAGACAAUGGAGUGAAAAUUAACAAAUGUUUUAAGGAAGAAGAAUCAGAGAGUAUUAGAAACAUUAAAGAAGCUGUCAAAGUUCUUUUACAAGGAUUAGGAGAAGAUUCCAAUAGAGAAGGUCUUAAAAAAACUCCACUCCGUGUUGCUAAAGCACUUACAGAAGGAACCAGAGGUUACAAACAAAACGUAAAGGAUAUUGUCCAAGGUGCUUUGUUCCCCGAAGCUGGUUUAGAUAAGGCAGUUGGCCUUGCUGGAGGUGCAGGAGGGCUCGUUGUUGUUCGAGACCUCAACCUAUUUUCAAUCUGUGAAUCUUGUUUACUACCUUUCCAAGUUAAGUGCCAUGUUGGAUAUGUUCCAUCUGAAGAAAGAGUUGUGGGGUUAAGCAAACUCUCUAGGGUUGCUGAUGUCUUCGCGAAAAGGCUACAAAGUCCACAGCGAUUAGCAGAUGAAGUAUGUUCAGGUUUGCAAAACGGAAUCAGACCAGAUGGUGUCGCGGUUGUCCUCCAGUGUUGGCACAUCCAUUCACCUGAAGCUGAGCUUAAUAGCGCAAGCCCUAAUUCCAAUUCUUCUAAACAUGACAUGGAAGGAUGGGAGAAAAUUUUGGUCAGUUCAAGUUCAGGAAUUCUUGGGAACCAAAACGGAGAUUUUUGGGCUGAUUUUGUCUCUCUUCUGAAGUUUAGAGGCGUAGAUGUUGAAAAGGCUCGUAACCAAACGUUAAUCAAUCAUCAUUGGUGUCCAUAUAGACCUCUUGACGUUGUUUGCAAUGGUCAUUCCGCUCCAAAAAAUCCUUUAACUCACAGGGUAUCGUGCAAAACAGAAUCUCCGCUUCUAGCCAUGCAAAAUGCAGUAUCCAUGAUGAUUCAGUCUCUCGGUGAAGACCCAUCAAGGAAAGAACUUGCAGGAACCCCCCACCGGUUUGUGCAGUGGCUGAUGAACUAUAAGAAAUGUGAUCUGGAAAUGAACAUGAAAAUGAAUGGCUUUGGUUCUGUUCAUGUUCAAGAUGAAUUUCGGUCUGAAUUAAACAUCCAGCUGCAGUCUUUAUGUGAACAUCACCUUUUACCAUUUCACGGUGUGGUUCAUGUAGGAUACUUCCAUUCAAAAGGAGUCGAACCCAUUAAGAGGUCAGUGUUGCAGUCGAUAGUACAUUUCUUUGGUUGUAAACUUCAAGUGCAAGAAAGGUUAUCAAGGCAGAUAGCAGAAACAGUUUCUUCAAUUUUAGGUGGAGACGUGAUGGUGGUUGUUGAAGCGAACCACAUUUGUAUGAUAUCUCGAGGGAUUGAAAAAGUGGGAAGUAGUACAGCAACGAUAGCUGCACUGGGUCGAUUUUCAAAUGACCCAAAGGCAAAAGCUGUGUUUCUCAACUCUAUCUCAAAUGCCACUGCUGCAUGAGAAAAAAUGAGAAGUUCUACGAUCCACCUCUCCCUUAUAAAUUUCCCAAUACCUGUUUUCCCCCAGUUACCCCUUUUUUGUAUUUCACUUUUUGGAAAUCUCUUUUUUAUGAUUUUUUUUUUUUCAUAUUAUCUUUGGUGUUUGCAAAUGUGUGACAUCACCUGAAUAAAGAAGUUCUAAACAGGGUCUUAAAGGCAGCAACGAAGGGUAUCUGGGUUCAGCUGAAACAUUCAAUGACAAAACAGAAGAUAAUGAGAUUCUGGGUGUUAGAACUUUUUUCUUUUCUUCGUCUUGGAUUUUCUAGUACACUGUAAACUAAACUCCAUUGAAGAAAUGAAAUAGAAGUUUUCAGUUCCA